CAGAGAUCAUCUAUUAAGAAUAUGGAAACAAAAAAUGUAACAGAAUUGACAGAGUUUGUUCUCUCAGGAUUUAAGUAUCAGGCCGAGUGGCAAAUCCCCCUGUUCCUGCUGUUCCUAAUGAUAUACCUCAUCACCCUCAUGGGAAACCUUGGUCUGAUUGCUCUCAUCUGCAAUAACCCUCAACUUCACAUUCCUAUGUACUUUUUCCUUGGCAGUUUGGCCUUUGUGGAUACUUGGUUGUCAUCCACAGUGACUCCCAAGAUGCUGAUCAACUUCUUCGCUCAGAGUAAAAUGAUCUCUUUCUCUGAAUGUGUGGUACAAUUCUUUUCCUUUGCAAUCAGUGUAACCACAGAAUGUUUUCUGCUGGCAACAAUGGCAUAUGAUCGCUAUGUAGCCAUUUGCAACCCAUUACUUUAUCCAGUGAUUAUAAGCAAUAGGCUAUGCAUGAGAAUGUUAGUCUCAUCAUAUAUAGGUGGCCUUCUUCAUGCCUUAAUUCAUACAGGUUUUUUAUUCAGAUUAACCUUCUGUAAUUCUAACAUAGUACACCACUUUUAUUGUGAUGUCAUGCCAUUAAUUAAAAUUUCCUGUACUGAUCCUUCUAUUAAUGUUCUGAUGAUAUUCAUUUUCUCUGGCUCAAUUCAGGUGUUCACCAUACUGACAGUUCUUAUCUCUUAUACACUUGUUCUUUUUACUAUUUUAAAAAAGAAGUCUGUACAAAGCAUAAGGAAGGCCUUCUCCACCUGUGGAUCCCACCUCGUAUCUGUCUCUUUAUAUUAUGGGCCACUUCUCUUCAUGUAUGUGCGCCCUGGAUCUGCACAAGGAGAUGAUCAAGACAUGAUGGACUCCUUAUUUUACACUGUCAUAAUCCCUUUCUUAAAUCCAAUUAUCUACAGCCUCAGAAAUAAGAAAGUCAUAGACAUACUGAAAAAGGUGUUAAAGAAAUAUGGGUAUGUGUCAAACUAA